AUGUCUCGCCCGCAGCUCUUGCCCGCCUACACGUGCCGCUCGUGCCUGUCACGCACAAGCCUCCCCUCAACACCCGCACGCACUCGCUUCGCGCCCUCGCCCACGGGCUACCUGCACCUCGGCUCCCUCCGCACCGCCCUCUUCAACUACCUGCUCGCCAAGCGCACCGGCGGCCAGUUCCUCCUCCGCAUCGAAGACACGGACCACAAGCGCACCGUGCCCGACGCCGAGCAGCGCCUCUUCCACGACCUGCGCUGGGCCGGCCUGCACUGGGACGAGGGGCCCGGCGUCGGCGGCCCCUACGGCCCCUACAGGCAGUCGGAGAGGACCGCCGUGUACAAGCACCACGCCCGCCUGCUGCUCGACGCCGGCCAUGCCUACCGCUGCUUCUGCUCCACCGAGCGCCUCGCCGCCCUCGCCCACCACCGCCACUCGCUCGGCCUCGCAACCGACUACGACCGCCACUGCCACACCACCCUCACCCACGCCGAGUCCGACGACCGCGCCGACCGCGGCGAGUCCUUUGUCGUGCGGCUGAAAGUCCCCGACCAGUACCCCUCGUACCACGACCUCAUCUACGGCGCCUUCCACCCUCUCAAGAAGCGCGGCCAUGUCUCCGAGUCCGCCUUCGAGGAUCCCAUCCUGCUCAAAUCAGACGGCCUGCCCACCUACCACCUCGCCAACGUCGUCGACGACCACCUCAUGCAAAUCACCCACGUCAUCCGAGGCAGCGAGUGGAUGCCCAGCACCCCCAAGCACAUUGCCAUGUACAGCGCCUUUGGCUGGACCCCGCCUGCCUUUGCCCACGUCGGGCUGCUGGUCGACGAGAACGGGAACAAGCUGAGCAAGCGGAACUUCGAUACCGACAUCACAGCCUUCAGGGACAUGGAGAUAUUCCCAGAGACGCUGACCAACUUCUCCGCUCUACUCGGAUGGUCGCACAAGGAGAAGACAGACAUCAUGGACCUGCCCACCCUCGUCGACAACUUCUCCCUCAAGUUCACAAAGGGGAACACGACAGUAACGUUCGGAAAGCUGCAUUUUCUGCAGCGCAAACACGCAAAGACACGCGCAGAAAAGGGCGGCCCCCAACUGCAAGAGAUGGUGCAAAACGUCGCCACUCUCCUCACCUCCCCAGACUCGCCAUACAAAGACUGGCGCAACAUGCUCCGCACCCCAUUCCCAGACGAAUACAUCCAGCGCAUCAUACAAGUUGACGCGGAAAACUACACAAACGCAAACGAAUUCCUCUACCGGAACAGUUUCUUCUUCACCUCACCUCCCAAACCAACAACAUCCACAAAGACUUCCCAUGACGACGAAACCGAUGCAGACCCCAAGGCUUUACCCCACGACAUUCCCCCCUCUGCCCGCCAAACCCUCAGCAAAGUCUCUGCUUCUUCCUGGGACCGCGAGAACCUGAUGCAGGCCGUUCGCGAUAUCAUCGAUGGACGACCCGAGGGCAAGGCGGGGAGUAAGCACGUCUACCAUUAUUUGCGAAAAGCAUUGACGGGACAGGAGCAGGGCAUGCGGAUCUAUGAUGUCAUGCUGAUUCUUGGGAGGGAGGAGACGUUGAAGAGAUUGAAUUGUUAA